AUGAUUUAUGCUGCGUGGAAUGCAAUCUCUUUUAAUGCUGGUCUCGGCUGGUCUUUCCGUUCUAAUACGACUCCUUCAGAAAGUACUAUCACCAGAGCUGUGACUCAUCGAUCCGUGGUUUCUUCAGCGAUUGAGGCGGAAGCUCUGGCGAUUCUGGCUGCCCUAACGCAAGCUCGCUCUCUUGGUUUUUCUUUUAUUCCUAGUUCAGCCAACUGUGAGGCUGAUUUGCUAGCUAAACAUGCCCUUUGUGCAUUUGAAUCCAACUCUGUACCAAGACAUGUAGAAAAGCAAAAGUCUUACUCUGGUGUCAAAAGAAGCAAGCAAAGUGGUCACACCCACCACCCAUCCAAGAGCUCUUCGGCUAAUUUCAUCCUUUAA